AUGCCCUCCUCUCCUCCAGCCACCUGGUACACCCCCAACGGCGGCUUCGGUGCCUGCGGCGCCCCCAGCCAGAACAGCGACCUCGUCGUCGCGCUCAGCGCCGACCAGUACGCCGGCGGGGCCAACUGCUUCCGCCACAUCGGCGUGCACUACCAGGGCAAGUUCGUCGACGCGACCGUCGUCGACCUCUGCCCCGGCUGCGCCUCGGGCAGCAUCGACCUCUCGCCCUCCGCGUUCCAGCAGCUCGCGAGCCUCGACGUCGGCCGCAUCCAGGUCACCUGGAACUACGAGUAG